AUGUCACUUCCAUCACUGAAUGAUAAUUCCCUUGAUAAUUUGUAUCAGUGGUUGAAUACUGUGCCGCUUUCAAAGGAUAUUAAAAAUAUCGCACGAGAUUUUUCAGAUGGAGGAUAUGUAUUAUCAGAAGAUUUUCUUAAUAAUCUCAAAAUUUUAGUAUUAAUUGCUGAAUUAAUUGCUCAUUUUCUUCCACGUUAUGUUAAUUUGUCAAAUUUUACAUCCGUCAAUUCAAAGGCGCUAAAACGAUACAAUUGGGAAACGCUUAAUAAAAUGGUAUUUGUUCAUUUGGAUUUGCAUCUGAAUCAAAAUUUGAUAAAAAAAGUGACAUUAUGCGAACCUGGUGCUAUCGAAUUCGUUCUGUUUCGUUUGAAGGAGAAGAUCGAGCAGAAACAAAAAGAAGGUCGCUUUAAACCAAAUCGGCAUCGAAGCAGAAGCGCAAAUCGUUGUGGAAGCAAUGUGAGUUUGAAUACACUGGGAAAUGAAUUUGAAAAUUUGCAAACAACGAACUCGACUGCCAAUGUCAGUGAAAAAAACAGUGCAAAGCAUUUAUCUCCUUGUCAACAGCAACUUCCCAAUGUUUUACAUGGAGAAUCAGCAGUAUUUCAACAAAAAUAUCAUGAACUGCAACAAGCAUUACUUGUUAAAGAUGAACAUAUACAAAAACUUUAUGCGCGAAUACGGCAUCUCGAACGGCUUAUUGCUUUGAAGGAUAAUCGCCUUGCAGAAAUUUCCCUACAAAUGGAUAAAAUAUUGCGUUUUAAAUACGCAGAUCAAGCAGCGAAUCUGAAAUCACCAGUAACACCGGAUUUACACAUGGACAUAUACUCAAAUGGCGGUCAAAGCUCGACAACAACUAUGACUCAAGAUGGAAUUUUCACCUCAGAUCGAUAA